GCUUCCUGGGGGUUGCGCGAGCGCCGCGGCGGGCGCGAGCCGCCGCCGUUGGGCCGCGCCGCGCCGCCAUGUUCACCAGCACCGGCUCCAACGGGCUUUAUAAAGCACCUUUGUCAAAGAGUCUGUUAUUAGUCCCAAGUGCCAUCUCGAUUCUAUUGGCUCUACUCUUCCAACAUUAUCAGAAGUUCUUUGCAUAUAACCUACAAGGUAUAAAAGAGGAUUUUCAGAUUUGGAGACUUGUAUUUGGGAGAACAGUAUGUCUUGAUCUGAAAGACACAUUCUGCAGCAGUCUGCUCAUCUAUAACUUUAGAAUAUUUGAAAGAAGAUACGGCAGCAGAAAAUUUUCAUCAUUUUUGCUGGGUGCCUGGAUGCUCUCAGCUUUGUUUGACCUCCUCCUUGUGGAACUUGCUCAGUAUAUAUUUGGCUUCACCAUCAGCAGCUUGCCUUCUGGUUUCUUGGGUCCUGUAUUUGCUUUGUUUGUACCGUUUUACUGCUCCAUUCCAAGAGUGCAGGUGACACAAGUAUUAGGCCACUUUUCUAUCACAAACAAGACUCUGGUCUAUAUACUGGGUUUACAGCUCUUAACCUCUGGUUCCUACAUCUGGAUUUUAGCCUUAAGUGGAUUGAUUUCUGGGAUUUGCUACAAUAGUAGUAUAUUAAAGGUUCAUCAAAUUCUUUGUGUACCCAGCUGGGUAGCAAAGAUAUUUUCUUGGACUCUUGAACCAAUCUUCUCAUCUGCGGAACCAACAAAUGAAAUUCGAGUGGGAAUGGGAGCAACGGUGGACAUCCAGAGACAGCAGAGGAUGGAAUUACUGGAUCGUCAAAUCAUGAUGUCUCAGGUUGCACAGAUGCAACGGCAAAGGCAACAGCAGGGUGGGAUGAUUAACUGGAAUAGACUAUUUCCUCCUUUGCGUCAUAGACAUAAUGCAAAUUAUCAAGAUCAUCGCCCGUCUGAUCAAGAAACACCUCCACCUACUGAGGUUUCUGAAGAGCAGGUUGCACGACUUAUGGAAAUGGGAUUUUCCAGGGGAGAUGCUCUAGAAGCUUUGAGGGCUUCAAAUAAUGACUUAAAUGUAGCCACUAAUUUUCUACUGCAACACUGAUGGUUUUCUGUGUGGAGGAACUUAAUGGGUUUGUGUAAGUCUGAAAGAGAAUCAAAGCCACCUGCUGGACAGACUCGCAACGGCUGUCCCUGCAAGCAGUGUUAGAAGAAUCUGUCUCCACGUGAGUGAUGAUUCAAAGCAAUGUUAAUGAAAUGACGUGAACUGUUCCCAAGCCUUCAAAUCAAUUGAUUGUUUCUAUUCUGCUUACCAUUUGAAAAUAACUUUAAUUUCUACUUAUUACUGGAUAUCAUCUAAAUUUGUUUUAGAAAUAAAAUAGGUGGGGAUUUUUUCUUGUGAAUCAUUAUUAGACAUGUUAUCCAAAUUAAUGACUAGGAAAAGAAGCUCCAGCAACUACAAACAGCUAAAUUUAUCUAUCAAGAAAAAUCAUAUUUUCUUCAUUUACCAGUUUAAUUCCUCUAGCUUACAUGUUAUUUUACAGUAUUUGAUUUUUGGUUACAGUAAUAAGAUGUUUGAAGGUCACUUCCUUUUCAGCUCAGUAAAGGAUUGUGGGAAUGUUAUGUCAUUCUUCAGAUAGUUUUAUUAAUGCUUGUAAUAUUUUAUUUCUUGAAUUCCCUUUUAAAUAAAAGUUGUCAUUCAGCACAUAAUACACACAUAGGAUAAGAGAAAUUUUAUAUGCAUAUUGCAAGCUACGAUAAGUGACCACUGUAAAUUUAAAUUUUACAAACUGAGUAAAUGACUAUUCAGAUACAGAGCAUGAAGGUAUUAACUGGAAGCAAUAAAGGUGAAUUGAAUGAUACAAUAAGAUCAGAACUGAGAUUGUUUGAAUGACUUCCAUGUCUGAUUCAGACAGAUUUCCAUAACAUAAUGUAGGUAUGCUCAGUGUCCUAUGUGUCACUUUCAUUUUUUGACCUGGCUACAUACUGUCUUAAAGAAUAACAGAAAAAGUUAACUUUUCUAUAUAGUUCUAGUUUUCUACUGUCAAAGAUGUGAAUUACCCUGCACUUGCUGAAUCCUCACUGUUGGAAACCACACUAAUUGUUGAUCACAGACUGGAAUAUUACACUUAAAAGGAUUUGAUUCGGGCUAAUACAAGAGUUACAAGGUAGUAUGAUGCUGAUUUUGAAGUUUAAAAUGAAAAAUGGGUUUAUUUGGCUAAACUCUUGGAAGUGCUCAGUUAUUAGCCCCUGAGGAGUUUGGGGAGGUGGGGAGGAAAGAGGGCCACAUCUCUGAAAAAUGAAGCUGAAGUAAUACGAAAUUCCAAACUGCAACUCCAUGAUGAAAUGGAUCUAUACCCGUACCUUAACAUUUUAUGUAUGUUUGAGUAUAUGUACUUUUGUUUGUAUAGUGUGUUAUAUGUGUUUAUGUACACACCCGCAUAUUUAAUACACACAUUUAGAAUAAGAUAUAAGUCGUCAGAAGCAUAAUAAACACCAUCGCAGCUGGUGAAAAGAGAAGAUGGUGAAAGAAUACAGAAAGAGAGAAUAAUUUGAAAAUCUAAAUUACUAGAUGUUUACCAAAGUACAUAUUUGUGGGGUCUUACUGUGGUCUGGAAAAUGAACCAGGAAUUACUUACUGGGAGGGGAGAGAGUAAAACUGGAAAAGGUCUUUCAGGUGUACAAGUCCUCCCCCAGAGCUGGCAUCAGAUAUGUUCAUCUAUAGGCACCCUUUGGUAAUGAAAUCAGGAACUGUGUGUAUGUUUAAUAUUUCCCAGUAAAUGUAUUAAGAAAU